AUGAAAGGAAUAUAUGAUUACUCUGACAAAGAAUGUUCAGAAAAUGGUGAAAAUAAAUCUAAUAAUAAUGAUGAAAAAAAUAAAAUAAUUAGAAAAUAUAUGAGCAUAGUAGAAGACGGAAUGAAAAAUGACUCUGAAAAUGUAUUCGAUAAUUAUGAAUUAAAUAGCAAUGAUUCUAUAAAUCAAACUGGGGGAAGCAAUUACCCAGAUAGUAAUGAUGAUAUUAUAUUAUCUGAUGAUGAUAUAAAAAAUUCAAUACUAGGAAAUAGCGAUUGGGAAACUAGAACUUAUGAUAACAAUUGUGAUAAUGUCCAUAAUAAUAGUGAUAUAGAUAAACUAAAUGAAAGUAGUAUAAUAAAUAAAUCUUUAUCAGAUAAAGACACUAAUAAUAUUGAUCAAAUCGAUAAAAGCGAUAGAAAUGAUAUUUGUUCAGAUUCAGAGAUGAUAAAUGAUAUUAUAUUAGAAAAGGAUGGAAAUAAUGAAAAAAACAAAGAAGAUAUUAGUUUGUCAGAGUAUAUCAGCACCCAAACAAAUGAGGAGGAAAGUAUUCAAGGAACAAAAGAAACAAUAAAUAAAACAAAUGACUUACAAUUGGAUAUAGACAAUUUAAUGGAAUUUAAUAAUGAAAGUACUAAUUUCCAAUCAUGCAUUAAAGAAAGUGUCUAUAAUCUAGAAUCGAUAGAAGAUAAUGAAAAAAAAAACUCAUGCUUUUUCAUGGAAAUUAAAGACCUGAAUGAAUGGAAAGAAAAACACAGAUAUUUAACAUCUUCAUUUCGAAGAAUGGAAAAAAAAUUAAAUAAAAUAAUAAACAGUGAAAACAUUAAUUUAGGAACAAGAAGAAGUCUUAAGCAACAUAAAGAUUUUUUAGAUAACGAAUAUAAAGAGUGGCUAUGCGUUUUACAAAAAAUCGUCUCUGAGUAUAAAAAGAAUAUUGGAGCUCAAGUCUCGGAAUUAAAUGAAAAAGAAUACUUUAUUUUAUCCAAAAAUAUUUAUGAAGACUUUAAGGGAAACCACCUAGAAGAACUUAACAUAAGCAAUGUCCUAUUUUUGCUUAUAACAAAGCACCAAAUACAAAUCGAUGAUGAUAUAGUGGAUUAUUUGGAACAAUGUUAUGAAACAAUAAAUAAAGAUAAAACAUUAAAUAAUAUUAUACAAAAAGUUAAUGAAAUAAAUAAAAAUAUUGAAGAUAUAGGAGGGGAAACAGGAUCAUGGGAUAGCGAUCAAAAUAACUACUUUAUGGAAGUUUAUGAAAAUAAUAUACAUUUAGGGGAUGAAAUAAUAUGCGGUAUAUUGAAAAAUGGAUUAAACAAAAAUGAGAAUGAAAUCCUUGAGCACAUAGAGUGGUAUAGAAAAUUUGUCUCACGUAAUACCCUAAGGAAUAAAUGGCUAAAUAGCAUAAACAUUAUUAAUACAAACGACCAAAAGAAAAGCAAUUUGAAAAUUCAAGAAAAAAAACAGAUGAUACAAUUGUGGAAAGAUAAAAAAAAACAUGAGUCGGAAAUUAAAAAUAAGGAGGUCCAGCAAAUGAAGAAAGAUGAAUUGAAAAUUCAAAGAAAAAUACGAGACGAUAUUAAGAAGAAAAAGGAGUUAUUACAAAAUGAACUAAACAAAAAAAAGGAGGACAUGAAAAAAAAUAAAAUAGAAAAAAGACAAAAAAGUAUCUUAUCCGAAGAAAUGUUGCAAAGGAUAAACGAAAGAAAUGAACGAAUUUUACAAAAAAAAGUUCAGUCCAAUGUAAACCUUAACGAUGACAAUAAUGAAAAAAACAAAAAACAGUCUAAUCAGAAAUAUAUGCACGUACAAAGUAAAUUGCUAAGCAAUACAGGUACAGUUAAUUAA